AUGAGGAUGAUGAUGAUGAGGUGCGCGCCGGAGAGGUCCGUCGUGAUGCUCGCGGCCGUCGCCGUGCUCCUCUCGUGCGGUCCCGCAGACGCGUGGUACAAGCAGGCCACCGGGCCGAGCUACUACUCCGUGGGCAGAGCCUCGGGUUUGCUGUCCGGCAUGCGCAGGUCGCCGUACGUCCGCAGGUCCGACGCCGAGUCCACGCUGGACGCCGGAGACGCCACCGGAAACAGCGUGGCGCCCGAGCUGGGCGCGCGACACACGCCUGUCCUCAAAAACAUGGCCAUCUGCAUCAAGGACGUUUCUCCGAACCUGCAGAGCUGUGAGCCGAUGCAGGACGGCUGGAACACGUUCCGGUGCAGGGCGGAGGUCCUGCUCGCGCUCGACUCGCUCGACUGCUUGGUGGCGUGAGCGGCGCGUGCGGCGCGUGAGCACGGAACCCAACCUUGGUCCUGGAGAACUCCCUGAUCACCUCUGUUUAGUGUUUUUUGUUCCCCCCCCCUGCUCUAACACACACACACACACACACACAGGACAGGAGGCUUCUCCAGGACCAAGGUUGGGGAACCUGUCUCCUAAAGACCCUGUUCCUGGUAUUCCAAACAUCUGAUUAAUGAAAUAAUUAAUUAAUACACAACAGCAUCAUUCAGACACCGAAAUCUGUUUUGGCGCUCUAUUUAGUACGGUACUUUCCGGUCUGUUUAGGAUCUCUCCCUGACCUUGAAUGUUAUUUAUUUUCCGUUUUAUCUACGAAAGCAACAACAAAAAAUCUCCACAAAUGUUCUGUAUGUGUGCAUUUAUAUAUAUAUAUAUAUAUAUGUGUGUGUGUGAGAGCGAGUGAGAAAGAUGGAACCAGUAUCACCGUUUGUCCCUUCUGUAGCCAAAUGUGUGUGUAAAUGUGUAUAAACCAUUUCAAGAAUGUUAUUUUAUUUAUUAAACUCGACAGACGUUUGA